AUGGCGGCCAAGAAGAGCAUGAAGGAGUCUCGUGGUAGAAAGUGGAGUGAGGAUGAACUUAAGGAGUUUGCAUCUGUUCUUGCAGACGACCGAACUGAAUUUGCAUUAACUUUGGAGACUCUUGCACUCAAAAAGUCAGCUAAUGUUCAUAUUUUUGAAGCCAUGAAGAAAGAGUUAGAUGCUCGUUUACAAGCAAAGACAACAACCAUUUCUAAGAAAGGAAAAGCAAAGGAUAUCGAUACAUCAGUUGUUAAGCUACGAGCAAAAUAUAAAUGGCUGAAAGAGCAGUGGAGAAAAUACACCGACAGGGCAAAGUGUAGCAGUGGUAAAUCAGCAAUAGAUGAACCUGAAUGGUUUAACAUAAUGAACCCCAUUUUGUCUGAAACGCAAACAGAGUUAAAGGUUGCCACUAAGGCAGCAGACAUAGAAAGUGAUGGUACCUGUAGCAGUGAAGAUGAUGAAUACAGUGACAAUUACAAGGAAGACAAAACUGAAGUAACCAUGGCGAAGAGUGCUUCUGCUAUGAUGCCACGUGAGAAGAAGCAGGUGUUAAAUUCAAGUUCCUCCUCAGCAGAAGCAAGUUCUGAACACUUGACAGUGGAUGAGAGUGACGAAGAAUUUAACAGGUAAAUUAGAAUAUAAUGGUUUCAUAUUUUCUCAGAAUUUUAAAGGAAUAAUUUAACACACACACGUUUAACCAAUGCAGGGUCAGUCAGAAACAGGCCUACAACACACUGUACCGGAUACACACCUGUACAUGGUCAUGCCAGUGUACGUGAUUUUGAUAUAAAAGUAUGCUGAAUGUUUAUAUGUCAGUGCUUCAACUUAAUUUGCCUCACUGUAUUGAAACCUGACUCAAAAUACAGUUAAAAUUUCAGUUUUCCUGAACCUAAAAAAAGGUGUUUUUCAAUUUUUUGAUCAGAGUCGAAUGUCAACCAACUGAUGCAGACCAUGACGGGACUUCCAUUGAGGAAGAUGAAGUUGUUUUAAAGAGGGCAUCCAAGAAGGACAAGAAGGAGGUACAGAAAUCAAGUGUCUCUGUUCGGCCCAGAAAACGUAAAAUAACUUCACAGAAAGAUGCCAUCAGCCAAUUAUCUACAACUUUUGAGAAUCUUCAAAAAGCACAAGAUAAACGAAUCCAAACUUGGCUUGAGGCAGAUCAGAGAAGGGAAGAAGCAUUUCUUAAAUAUCAGGAGAAACAGGCAGAACUCAACCGACAACAUGAACUGUGUAUGAUGGAGAUGAUGGCCCGUUUUCAGCAGCCUGUACAACCAUACCAAAAUGCUUGGGUGAUGCAUGAACCAGCAUUUCCAAGUGCCUAUUCUGGAGCUGAGAGUCAACAACCACACUACACAAAUUUAGAUAGUUAUAAUCGGUAG